UGUGACUGCUUUGCUACUGCUAGCUUUAUAAUUUAGCUUAGUAUGGGUAGAGAUUUUCAAGCCUUGUAAUAACGUCUCGCACGUAAUGGCUGGGAGAAAUCCCUUCUCCGAGUUCGUUUAAUAUGCUCCCCGUUGUAGGGAUAAGGGUAGCACCGGACCAGUCUCAAAAUGACAACGGGCUUCAGCUCCGGUUCUUCUCGGUUCGCAGAUUAUUUUGUGAUCUGCGGACUCGACACCGACAGCGGGCUGGAACCCGACGAACUGUCCGCUUUAUGCCAGUAUAUAGAAGCUACUAAAUUCAGAGAUGGGGCCAGAGGAAAAUUGGCACAGGCAAACGAAGGUGAAAAUUUUGAGCAGAGUCCACUGCGGAGAACCUUUAAGUCCAAAGUUCUAGCACAUUAUCCGGACAAUGUGGAGUGGAGCCCAUUUGACCAGGAUGCAGUUGGCAUGCUCUGUAUGCCAAAGGGCUUGUCCUUCAGGACACAGAUUGACUCGAGGGAGCCGCAGUUUCACUCCUUCAUCAUCACCAGAGAGGAUGGCUCUCGGACGUACGGCUUCGCCCUCACGUUCUUCGAAGAGGUGACGAGCAAGCAGAUCUGCAGCGCCAUGCAGACCCUUUACCACAUGCACAACGCGGAGCAGUAUGACAUCUUGCACACCCCCACCACGCCGAAAGGACCCGAGGACCAGCGAGUCCCCCAGCCACAUCAUGUCCUCCGCGCUGCCCCCGCCAUCUCCCGGCUACAGCGUUUCAAUUCCUACGACAUCAGCCGCGACACGCUGUACGUGUCCAAGUGUAUCUGUCUGAUAACGCCCAUGGCUUUCGCUCAGGCCUGCAGGAAGGUACUGCAACAGCUUCACCAGGCUGUCACCUCGCCCCAGCCCCCUCCCCUACCACUAGAGAGCUACAUCUUCAACAUCCUCUACGAGGUACCCCUGCCACCUCCAGGGCGCUCCCUCAAGUUCUCGGGCGUCUACGGGCCCAUCGUGUGCCAGAGGCCGAGCACCUCCGAGCUGCCGCUCUUUGACUUUCCCAUCGGUGAAAUGUUCAACCUGCUGGGAGUGGAGAACGUUCUUCAGCUGUUCACGUGCGCUCUGCUGGAGAUGCAGAUACUGCUCUUCUCUCAGCAUUACCAAAGGCUGAUGACGGUGGCGGAGAGCAUCACAGCCUUAAUGUUCCCCUUCCAGUGGCAGCAUGUGUAUGUUCCCAUCCUGCCCGCUUCGCUCCUCCACUUCCUGGACGCUCCUGUGCCGUAUCUCAUGGGGCUCCAUUCUAAUGGACAGGAUGACCGGACCAAGCUGGAGCUGCCGCAGGAGGCGAACUUGUGUUUCGUGGACAUUGAUAAUCACUUCAUUGAACUGCCAGAGGAACUGCCUCAGUUCCCCAACAAAUUGGAGUUCAUCCAGGAGAUCUCAGAGGUGCUCAUGUCCUUCAACGUGUCUCCAGAGGGGAACAUCCUCUCCAGAGACAGCCAAGCCGCGUACCGGAGCUUUCGAUCCGUCGACGUGGUCUCUGACACGCGCAACGGCAACCUGGCCUCGCCUCUUAACUCCUACUUGCUGAGAGAGAAUGAAACCAUCGCCAGGUUGCAGGCUCUGGUCAAGAGGACAGGUGUCAGCCUGGAGAAGCUGGAGGUGAAAGAGGACGCCAGUUGCAUCAAGGACAUGCGGUUUCACUGUGACGAAGAGGAACUAAAGAUGCAUCAACUCAACAUUCAAGUGCGCGAGGUCUUCGCCAACAGGUUCACCCAAAUGUUCGCAGACUACGAAGUGUUCGUCAUCCAGCAGGGCCACGAUAAAGAGUCCUGGUUCACCAAUCGAGACCAGAUGCAAAACUUUGACAAGGCUUCUUUCCUGUCUGACCAACCAGAGCCCUACCUGCCCUUCCUGUCACGCUUUUUGGAGACCCAAAUGUUCGCCUCCUUCAUCGACAGCAAGAUUCUCUGCCACGACGAUGAGGAGAAGGAGCACACCCUGAGGGUGUUCGACACACGUGUGGAUAAGAUCCGCAUGCUGAACGUCCGGACCCCCACCCUGCGCACCUCUAUGUACCAAAAAUGUACCAACAUUGAAGAUUCAGAAACUAAGGUUAAAAAUGGAUAUAAAAAAGCAACUAUUGCCUCUCCUGGACCGCAUGACAAUGAACUAGAGAGUGACGAGACCGACCUGCAGAAAGCCAUUGAGAUGCGAGUGGCAAAGAUUGACCACACCGCCCUGCACCCCCACCUGCUGGACAUGAAGAUCGGACAGGGCCGCUACGAGCAGGGCUUCUUCCCCCGGCUGCAGUCGGACGUGCUCUCCACCGGGCCCAGCAGCAACAAGUCCACCGCUGUGUGCCACAGAUGGGCCAAGAGGAGCGCUCCUGCCCAGUGGAGGAGGAGGGACCGACAAAAGCAACACGCCGAGCACCUCUACUUGGACAACGACCAGAGAGAGAAAUAUAUCCAGGAAGCCAGAAACUUGGGAACCACCAUCAGACAGCCUAAACUGUCCAACCUGUCCCCCUCUGUGAUCGCUCAAACUAAUUGGAAGUUUGUUGAAGGAUUGCUGAAGGAGUGCAGGAACAAGACUAAGCGUAUGCUGGUGGAGAAAAUGGGUCGGGAGGCUGUGGAGUUAGGUCAUGGGGAGGUUAGCAUCACGGGGGUGGAGGAGAACACUCUGAUCGCGAGCCUCUGCGACCUGCUGGAGAGGAUCUGGAGCCACGGACUGCAGGUUAAACAGGGUAAAUCUGCUUUGUGGUCGCAUCUGCUGCAUUACCAGGACAGCAAAGAGAAGAAGAACGCCACUCCUGGCAGUUUGGGUCCUCCAGGCUUUAUACAUGACACUGAAAGAAGGAAAUCCGAUGGAGGUGGAUCAGCCAUGCCUCCAAUGAGAAUAUCCCUGAUCCAGGACAUGAGACAUAUUCAGAACAUCAGUGAGAUCAAAACCGAUGUGGGGAAGGCCAGAGCCUGGGUUCGUCUCUCGAUGGAGAAGAAACUGCUUUCCAGACACCUGAAGCAGCUGCUCUCUGAUCAAGAGCUUACAAAAAAGCUGUACAAGCGGUAUGCUUUCCUGCGCUGCGAUGAUGAAAAGGAGCAGUUCCUUUACCACCUCCUGUCCUUUAAUGCCGUGGAUUACUUCUGUUUCACCAACGUCUUUACAACCAUCAUGAUUCCUUAUCACGUGGUGGUUGUGCCGAGUAAGAAACUGAGCGGAUCCAUGUUCACGGCCAAUCCUUGGGUCUGUGUUUCCGGUGAGCUGGCAGAGACUGGAGUCCUGCAGGUUCCCAGAAACACUCUGGAGAUCACGUUUGAGUGUCAGAACCUGGGAAAACUCACCACAGUCCAGAUGGGUCACGACAACACGGGGAUCUACGCAAAGUGGCUCGUGGAGUGUGUUGUGGUCCGCAACGAGAUUACAGGACACACUUAUAAGUUUCCAUGUGGUCGGUGGCUGGGGAAAGGUGUGGAUGACGGCAGUCUGGAGAGAAUAUUAGUGGGAGAGCUGAUGACCCCCAGCACCGACGGAGAUGAACGGAUGUGUCGCACGCCACCAAUGCAGCAGUCGCCGGGAAUGAUGAGAAGAUUUACAAUUUCACCAAGCAGCAAACCAAAGUUAAACACUGGUCAGAUCCAGGAGGGAGUGGGAGAGGCCAUUAAUGGGAUUGUCAAGCACUUCCACAAGCCGGAAAAGGAGAGGGGGAGUCUGACCCUCCUGCUGUGUGGGGAGUACGGCCUUGUUUGGGCUCUGGAGCAAGUUUUCCUGCACGGUUUUAAGUCUCCCCGACUAUUUAAGAACGUCUUCAUCUGGGACUUCUUGGAAAAAGCUCAAGUCUACUUUGAAAGUGCGGAGCAGCGGGAGGUAGCACCAGACGAAAACUGGCAAACGAGAGUUCGGCACUUUUGCCGCUUCAUGCGCGCCAUUAACAACACUUCCAGAAACAUCGGCAAGGACGGGAAGUUCCAGAUGCUCGUCUGUCUGGGAGCAAGAGACCAUUUGCUACAUCACUGGAUUGCACUCCUGGCAGAUUGUCCCAUCACUGCUCAGAUGUAUGAAGACACUGCACUUCUAAAGGACCAUUCUCUUGUAAACUCUCUGAUCAGAGUGCUACAAACUCUGCAGGAGUUUAACAUCACCCUGGAGGCUUCUCUUGUCAAAGGCGUUGGCAUCUAAGCCAAACCACUUUCCACCAGUCGGAUCCGCACAGGAAGGCUGCUGGGGACCACAUUAAAGAACAACUGAACCUUUUAUACGCAGGAUCAGACUUGAACGAACCUUUUUGGCUUAUAUUAAAGCUACUGUCACAUUUGCCAUAUAUGAAGUGCAAUGAGCCUUUCAAGAUUUAUUUUUUAUCCUAAAUGAUGUUGCCAUUAGAUGUCGGAAAUAUGUUUUCUAUUAUGAACCAUGAUUUUCACAUUGAUGAUGACCUUGUGCUACAAUGUUUUACUGAAAGCUAAUAUUUUCUUUGUUAUCACGAACUGCUGGCAAUGGCUGUAUUUAAGGGAAAGCGAGGAUUAAAACUGUUAAUAUAUUUUCUGAUAAAAACAGUAUUAUUUUGUUAAUGCAGUCAGGUUGCUUGCUCUGUUGUAAACUCCAGUUACAAUGUCAUAACACGGAGCUUAAAGCAAAUGAUGUAGAAGUAUGCUUUAUAAGUAUGUGUAUGACAGGGAGGUUUGUAGAGGACGAUUUACCCACAUAGGAAAAAAAAAGUUGGUUCUGGGCUGUUCUGUGGCAAAAAAAUACAUGUAUGCAAAUUUCUUAGAUAGAGCGUCAUAGGUGGGCUUUUUUUGCAUGAUUGAAAAAGACUGAAAAAUCCAGUAGAGCACAUUAUAUGGAUCAAGCAUCAAGUCUUGUUUUCUGGACAAAGUUGCUUCAGGAUUUGCUUGACCGAGCUCUGCAAAGUGGAUCAUGACACCAUUCAUGUACAUGCCUCCAACCAGCCCUUCUGCCCCAUCAUCCUACCCAACCCCUUACACUACAUCUACCCUGUUCUUCUGACUAAACAUGAUGUGAUGAUCUGA